UAAUAUCAUGAAAUUUAUUAAAUAUAGUUAUCAAAAGAAAAAUUAUGUAUAUUGUUUUUGUGUGCUGUUUUAUAAAUGUACUUGCUUCCAAAAAUUGGAAAAACAUUUUGGAUGGAGGAAGCCAUCUCGAAAAAAAAGAAAAUUUUAAUCUGGAAGAGCUUUGUCUGGAAAAAUUUCAUCUAAAACCAAAAACUGAUGAAGGAGACUUGAAAGUUCACUCAAUUGAAGCAUUAAAAGUUUCUUCAGAUGAUAUUAACAAGUGUGGUGCUCCAGAAAAAUGUAUAUUCAACAUUUCAUACUUCAUACAGUUUUUAGCAAAUUAUACAAGUUUAAUAAAACCCUGUUGUCACCUUGAUGGUGAACACCUUACCGCUCAAGUAAAAUUAAAGGAGUUAUUAGAUUCAGAAUAUAGUGAAGAGCUCUUGGAUAUAUUGAAUGAUUUUUAUAAGGAGUGUCAGCUUUGUGUUACUAAUCAAAACUCUGGAGUUUCAUUCAGAAAUUUUUUAUGGUAUUGUUUACUUGUUGUUUUAUUUUAUUCUACAGUGAUGUUUUGGUAUAAAAAAUAUUUUGAAAAAAGCAAAAAUGAAAUUUCAAUCAUAAAGCCUAAGAUAAAUAGUUUUAUACCCGAAGAAGUUUGUAAAGAGAAUGCUUCUAAUGUAGAAAAUUUUAAAAAGAAUGAUGCUUCUAAUGUAAAAAAUUUUAAAGAGAAUGAUGCUUCCAAUGUAGAAAAAAAAAGAAAAGAGAAUAAUGCUGUAGAAAAAGACACUAUGAGUAAGGAGAAUAAAAAAUUUAAUUUCUCAUUAUCAAUUCAAGAAGAAUCAGUUUAUUCAAAUAAUAUAACUGGUAAACGUUCAACCAGCUUUUGUCUAUAAAUGCUUAAAUGAUGUAUUAAAUGGUGCUUGGUUUAUUUUCAAAACAAAAAAAAAAAAACAUUUUGAGAAAUCUAUGAUGAAUAAAGUUAAUGAAAUGAGAUAUCAUUUUGUAGAAGUCUAAGUAUUUGGUACUGUUUAAGUAUUUGCUACAGAAAUUGAAUUAAAUAUGUGUGUUUUUGUUAAAAAAAACUUUUUUUGACUUUUAUAUAAUAUAAAAGCUAUAAUUUUUAUGCAAUACAAUAGUUUUUC